AUGCAGCCGUCUCGACUCCCUGGUGACGCUUGCCCGAAUGUCAUGUACGAUAUUCCCGUCAACUGCGACGGCGAUAUUGCCCAAUCCUCUCUCCUUGUAUCCGACAAGGAUGAUAGCUCGUCGACAGCUGAGGAGAGCGUGAUGAUUCCAGAACACGGAGUUUCCGGCACCGUUUCCGGGACUCUGUCCUUCGCCCUGCACCGCAUCGUGCUUGCGAUGGAUUCGCCAUUUCGCCUCAAUUUUCAGUCGCAUACACGUACGUGCGGCGAGGGAACGGAAGACCUUUGGACGCGCGCUUCCGACGCGGUGGAGACUAUCACACAAGGCCAGGCGUUCCACGAACCCCCUGAGAGCAGUGUCGCGGGGUUAACGGUGUUGGCUCAGUCGAAGUCUUCUGCUCCCUCCACGGAGAGUGCCAGCAGCCCGUACAUCGAAGGAUCAUUCCUUGAAAAGGUUACUGAGUGGCGCGCUCGCAUGGAGCAGUUGCACAUUGCCGACGAUACGGACCAAGAUAUUGACACAAAACAAAACUUCUAUAGUGCUGCUACAGCUCAUUUCAUCGACAGGUACCACUCCAGUCUUUCUCCUUCAAGCUCGAUGCCCUCUCUCCAGAGUGUCACGGAAUCUGAGACGGGAGAGGACUGGAGUGAUGUUUCAGACUCGGGCUACGGCUCAGAGAUAGAUCCGGAAAUGCCCGAGUUAGAGCCGAUUGCUUAG